AGACCCACCGCGACCAAGGCUGAUUUCCAUACGCCGACCGGAGGCACACACGCACAUCAUAGUGGGCCACCGGAAACUUAACCGGGCGCGAGCUUUUAGAGACCGCGGUGCCAUCCCGAUCCGCACAGAGAGACGCCGCGCUCCAAAGGAGACUGUUGCUUCCGACGCUCUCCUUUCGAUCGGCUGCUUUCCCAUCUCGAGAGCUACCGCCGUACUUGACGCGACAGCUUCGCGUAGACAAGCGACUGUCGUGCCGGCUUCACUCUGUGAUACCAUGGCGCGGGCGCCGGGCCGAACCAUGUUCGUUCUCCUACUGGGAGCGACAGUGUUGCUCUCCAGCAUCCCCCAGACCGCUGUCGCACUCAACGCCACUGACGAAACGCUCACGACACUCGCUAGUGUCAUCGAUAUGGUCACGACAACCCAGGCACCAGAGCCCAACAUGCUGGAGCGCCUGCGCAAGACUGUUCGCGAUCGCCUGGACGCUUCUUACGACAGCAUGGCUGAACGGUUCCUAUCCGCCAAAAUGUCAUCGCAGUGCGCCUUCAAACUACUCAAGUUCGUCCACGGCUUGAGGAACUUCGAGCCAUGGACGCUACGAAUGAUCGAUGCGUCGGGCAAGUAUCCAACCGGCCUAUUCCAGGGAUCGCUGUCCGAUCUGGGUGCGUACGACCAGUGCAUCGAGACGGUAAUCCAUGACGAAUACGGCGGAGAGAAGGUGCGCGCCCAGUACUGCAGCGUAUACAUCAAACUCGGAAAGGACAUGUCCUUCCUAGAACACUUGGACGAUGCCCUACGCCUCUCGCACAGGAGGACACCAACGUUUUCUAGGUACCAGAACGACGACAUUGUACACGGCGUGAAAAUCGGGCUUUGCAUUGUCCAGGAAUGCAAGCCAGAAGACAUCGAAGCCAUCGCUGGCGUCUUGAUCACCGGAGAUACCAAGGUCACGGUGACGGACUGUGUCACGAACAAACCUACCGAAAUCGACACCACGCAGGCGGCGAUCAUUGGCGUCCUGGGAGUGAUUGCAUUUUUCAUGGCAGCGAGCACAGCAAUCGACAUCUACCUGAACAACACACGUGGAGAUGAACCAAGAGGAACGGCGCUCACUGCACUGACGAGCUUCUCCAUAGUGGCCAACUCGAAGAUGCUGGUGAAGGUGACCGACGACAAGCAGUCGGACGCGUACAAGCUGCGGUUUCUGCACGGCAUGCGCUUCUUCAGCAUCGGCUGGGUCGUACUCGGCCACUCGUACAGCACAUUCAACUUUACCAACAUGGCCCGCCUUGUGAACGCUCUUCAUUACGGAGAUAACAUCAUGUUCUGUUUCAUCAUGGCCGGCUAUCUCAGUGUGGACACCUUCUUGUUCCUAGCUGGUUACCUGUUGACAUACAACUUACUGAGGGAACGUUCCAACGCCCUGUUUGGCAGCAUCAUUGCCGUUAUCAGAAGAUACAUCAGAGGAACCAUACCCAUCGCUUUUUGUAUUAUGUGCACUUUCCUUGCGCCGCUCAUUUUCAAAGGUCCCACCACGCCGACAUUGUAUAAGUACUUUUAUAAGGAAAUCCACACACAAUAUUGGGCACUCUUGCUUCAGAUUAGGAACUUCACCGGAAAGCUCCACAUCGGGAUGUACGGUCACCUGUGGUACAUGUCGACGGAUUUCCAGCUGUUCGUGAUCUCAGUUAUAGUCAUCCAGUUCUUCAAGAAAAAAAUAUGGACGACGAUCAUUGUGUUUGGAACCCUUUCCCUCAUUGCCUGCUCGAUUUCUGCCUGGCAAGUUUCUAACACCAUCUACACGCCCUUCGUUCUUCCUAUGGCGGACAACUUCACGAUCAUGACCGGGACGUUGAACAAGUUUUACACUCACCCGUCAUAUCACGGCGUCGCCUUUUUCUUCGGUGCGAUGACGCAGCUGUUCCUGUACAGAUAUCCCUCGAUUAAAAUCAGCAAGAUGCUCCAGGCGGGUAUGUGGCUGAUGAGCGCGGCGUGUGGUCUCACCGCCAUCCUGAUCAUGUACGACUGGAACCGCGGCGAGCACCCACCCGAGUGGGCCAAGCUGUCGUUUGCCUUCUCCGAGAGGCUCCUCUGGUCCGUCUGGCUCGCCUGGCUCACCUUCGCCUGCUCCACUGGACGGGGUGGCUUCAUCUCCAAGUGGCUAUCGUGGAGCGCAUUCGUUCCCUUCAGCCGGCUCUCAUUCGGCGUAUACCUGCUGCACGUGCCGUACUACUUCAUCCGGUUGAAUGUCACCAGGGAGAGGAUAUUCUUCUCUCACUACACCAUGGUGACCCAGUACUUCGGCGCGCUGGUGGCCAGCUACCUGCUCAGCUACGUCCUAUUUGUGGCCUGCGAGGCACCCACAGGCCGCAUCGAGAAGCUCCUGCUCAUGCCUAAGCGACGGCCACAGCUGCACGACGACAAGAGCACCGUGCCUUACGUGGAGGACAAGAGUGGCAUGCUCAAUCCGCCGAUGUUGUACAAGCCCAAGGCGGAAACGGCCACCAACGGCAGUGCGGCGCCUCCCGGCCAGUCGAGUUACCUUUGAGCAUAGGCUGCGUACUCGACGCCGCUUCACUGUAUUUAUCAUCCCCCGGCCGGCCCCUCCUCGACUCGCUGAGCGCGUGUGGUGUUCGUGCACCAAAUGUGUUGGACGUCCGAAGGCUCGGUCGCGUAUAUGCAUAGAGGUCACUACUGUGAUUGAAGGAGAUUUAAAAAAAAAGAUGACGGUAGGUGUUUGUGUUUCGGGCAGAAAGGACCUGGCAAAGGAAUUUCAUUAAUUGUUCAAUAGCGAGGGAAAGCACAGUAGGAAAAAAAAUCCUUUUGGACUGAACGUUUGGUUAACGCGCUCAUCUUCCUACUAUGUCCUUCUUUACGUCAAGUAUGUCAAGAUCCGCUCACUUUGUCGCCUUUGUAACUCUUAAUUCGCACCACAAGUUUCUGCUCCCGGAACAUCUUCGGAGAACCUGUUAGGUGCCUUCCCACUGUAAUUUCACGUGGUGGCGAUCGUCGGCUAAGCCUGCAUUGUCAGUACAAAUGACGACCUUAAGGCACAAUGCCGCGAUAGAACGCUGAUGUGAAGGGAUCUAUCCUUUGUUUCUCACUUCUCUCCCUCACUCCUUUGAAAUAGAAACCUAUAUCACAAGGUUUUCCGCGGGACAUUGUGUGUACCAGAAAAUGCAGUGUCACCGCAUACCGCGUUUUUGCGGCAAUACACUCAAACCGAAGUGUCACCACAACCUGAGUGUUGUAGCAGGGAUGACGGGAAGCAAUUUUCACAUUUAGUUAUGUUCCAAGAGCGUGAAAACCUUAAGCAUUAAAAACAAUACAAGCUGCAACUUUUCUGUGCUGGAGCUGUGACAAAGCGCGAGAUGUGUGAAUCUUGACUGACAACAAGUCAUUAUACUAUUUUUUUUUCAUUUCAUCUUCAUUUCGAAGGUGUAAUGUGAUAAAACGGUCUGUUUUCCUAUGAGUACAGUGACAUCGCUCUAAGAUCAGAGUGACAAUAGUGAUACAAAUGACAACGAGAGCCACAUAUUCUUUGUUGAAUAAUGCGUGCUCUUGAAGAACAAUUAUGAACCAAUUGAGGCCAAGUUCCUUAAAAAAAGAUAAUCCAGAACGACGACGAUGAUCACAGGCCCGGUGGGGUAUGCGCUAAAAGUUCACAGAUGGGACUGUCCACUUCAGCGCGCGUUGAUUGGAUAGAGCUCGAGAGCCGGCGGACCAGCGCCAAGCGCCUCUGUCGGCCUUCGAGUCCUGUCGAAUCAUUGUGGGAUAUCACAAGCUAAUAUGGAGAGUCUACUUAGUGUACUGUUCCAGAAUGACACCCCUGGUGCCACCUCAGUCGCUGUUUUACUGUGAAAUCGAACAACAGGGAACCUUGUGUAUUAUUUGCGUGUUUUCACGGGAAACAUCGCUGUUUAGGUUUUCUUUCCUGCUCUUCGGCACACUCUCUUCAACAUUACUUUUGUAGUCUUGAAGGACGGAAGCGCGAUAAAGGGCGGGCUAACCACUUAAUGCUCAAGAAUUAUGUCGCCAAAAAUGUAGGCGACAGUUCAUUCGGGUUGUAUAUAUUCGUGAUCGCAGCUGCCAUAUCUAUCCUAUGGCCAUCUCGCGUUCACCAACGCUAGUUCAUAUUUUCAGCUGUGUUAUAUGCAUAGUGUAUUAUUGUUCACCUCCAGUUUUUUGCGUGGUAUAUGUUUAUG